CAAAUGUGUGUCAUGUGGGUCCGCAGUGUAUGACAUUAUUGUGACAGAUUCCUUUUGCAAUAAAAAUGACACCGAGUGCCUCUCAAAUUCUUGCUCAAGCAAUUCUACCUGCAAGGCUUUUGCAGAAAACAGUUGUCCUUGCUCAAAUGCAAGCAACAAUUUUAACAAAGACUGUGAAGAUAUGAAAGAUCCUUGCUCCUCCACUCCCUGCCAAGGAAAUGCCUCUUGUCUCACCUCCCCAGAAGGAAGGGGCUUUCUCUGCAAAUGUCCUCCUGGGUAUAGUGGGGCAAGCUGUGAAACUGCCACCAGUUCCUGUGGUGUGAACUCCUGCCUACAUGGAGGUACUUGCCACCAGGACCCUGGGUACCCCACCUGCAUCUGUCCUGCGGGAUAUGCUGGAACGUUCUGUGAAACAGAUAAAGAUGAAUGUGCCUCUAGCCCGUGCCACCAUGGGGCCGUGUGCCAGGAUGAAGUUGAUGGUUACUCUUGCUUCUGCGUCCCAGGAUAUCAAGGCAGGCACUGCGAAAUGGAGGUGGAUGAGUGUGCCUCAGAGCCCUGCAAGAAUGAAGCUACAUGCCUCAAUGAGAUUGGUCGAUACCUGUGCGUCUGCCCCAGUAAUUAUUCUGGUGUUAACUGUGAGUUGGGAAUUGACCCAUGUGCGUCCCAUCCCUGUUUAAAUGGUGGCGCUUGCCGGGAUGCUGCAACGGCUUACUUCUGUGACUGUACUGCUGGAUUCACAGGGGACAACUGUGAGCUCAACCUGGAUGAGUGUGCCAGUCAACCUUGUCUCCACGGAGGGCUGUGCCUGGAUGGGGAAAACAGCUACACCUGCCACUGCUUGGGCAGUGGAUACACAGGGACACACUGCGAGACCAUGUUGCCUCUUUGUUGGCCAAACCCUUGUCACAAUAAUGCAACUUGUGAGGACAAUGUUGACAACUACACUUGUCACUGCUGGCCUGGUUACACAGGUGCCCAGUGUGAGACCCAGCUGGAUGCAUGCAGCAGUCAACCCUGCCAGCCCGCGGGGGAGUGUGUGCAGCUGUCCUCCAGGCAGCGCGAGGGAGAGGGAGGUGUUGCUGGGCUACCUGCCUUGGGCAACCUUGAAGCCGCAGGCUUUGUUUGCAUCUGUCAGCCAGGAUUCACAGGAGUGCACUGUGAAGAGGACAUCAAUGAAUGCUCUUUGAACCCUUGCCAGAAUGGUGGUACUUGUGAUAACUUGCCUGGGGGUUACACUUGCCGAUGCCCAUCUGAUCAUCUUUCUGGAGCGUUUUAUGGAGGAAAAGACUGUUCCGACAUACUCCUCGGCUGUACCCACCACCAAUGCCUAAACAAUGGAAUUUGCAUUCCUCAUCUCCAAAAUGGUCAGCAUGGAUUCAGCUGCCGAUGUCCAUCUGGCUACACAGGAUCAUUGUGUGAAACCAUCACCACACUGUCAUUUGAGGGCAAUGGCUUCCUGUGGGUCACAGGUGGCUCAGAUGCAACCAAGGGUUCAGGGUGCACCAUGGCCUUCAGGUUUCAGACUGUCCAGUUGAUGACGAUUCUGCUUCUCCAGGGUAACAAGGACAUGUUUGCACUGCUGGAGCUACUGAAUGGCUUUCUUCAUUUGCUAGUCCAAGUCCGUCAUGAGUCCAGGGUACUCCUGUACGUCGCCUGCAACACCAGCGAUGGGGCAUGGCAUUCCGUGGAGGUCACUUUUGCAGAGAAUGUGACCCUUACCUUAAUGGAGGACUCCUGUGAAGAUGGAUGCGUUGCUACAGCUCCUUCUCCGUUUCAAAGGGAUCAGUCAAUAUGUGCUUCACACAACUCCUUUUUAGGUGGUUUUCCAGUGGGAGCUGUCAACAGUAUCAUCACACUACUUAACAUCUCUGAUAUACCAUCCAAACCUUCCUUUGUAGGCUGUUUCCAAGACAUUAAAAUUGAUUCAAUUCACAUUACCUCGGAGAACAUCUCACAUGGCUCAUCGCUAAACAUCAAGGCAGGUUGUGUGAGAAAGGACUGGUGCGAAAGCCACCCUUGUCACAACAGAGGACGCUGCACCAACCUGUGGCUUGGCUACCAGUGUGAUUGCUACAGGCCUUACACAGGCCCCGACUGCCUGAGAGAAUAUGUAGCAGGCAGAUUUGGGCAAGAUGACUCCACUGGAUAUGCCGUCUUUAAUCUGGACAAGAAUCAUGGGGAGAAUGUUAGCAUCUCCAUGCUUGUACGAAGUCAUCAACCAUCGGGCUUACUUCUAGCUCUGGAAAACAGCACUCAUCAGCAUAUCCGUGUCUGGCUAGAACAGGGAAGACUAGCAAUGCUGACUCCAAGCUCUUCCAAAUUAGUAACAGAAUUUGUUCUUAGUGAUGGAAAUGUCCAUUUGAUAUCUUUGAAAAUGCAACCAAAUAAAAUUGAACUCUAUCAGUCUUCACAAAACCUAGGAUUUAUUUCUGCUGCUACAUGGAAAACGCAAAGAGGGGAUGUUAUCUACAUUGGUGGUCUGCCUAACAGACAAGAGACAGAGGUUAGUGGUGGGUUCUUCAAAGGCUGCAUCCAAGAUGUACGAUUAAACCAUCAGAAUCUGGAGUUCUUCCCAAAUUCAACAAAUAAUACUUCCUAUAACCAAGUUCUUGUCAAUGUGACUGAGGGAUGUACUGGAGAUAACUUAUGCAAGGCCGAGCCCUGCCACAACGGAGGUGUGUGCUACUCCCUCUGGGAUGAUUUCUCCUGCUCCUGCCCCGCACACACAGCUGGCAAAGCCUGCGAGCAGUUCCGCUGGUGCCUUCUCAGCCCGUGCCCUCCCACAGCCUGGUGCCAGGUGGUACCUCAGGGAUUUGAGUGUGUUGCAAAUGCGGUUUUCAGUGGACAAAAUGGUGACAUAUUGUUCCGAAGCAAUAGGAACAUAACCAGAGAACUUACCAAUAUCACAUUUGGUUUCAGGACACGAGAUGCAAAUGUGCAGAUUUUACAUGCUGAAAAAGAACCUGAGUUUCUUAAUGUUAGCAUUCAAGAUUCCAAAUUAUUCUUUCAGUUACAGAGUGGCAAUAGUGUUGAUCUGGUGAGUCUGAAAAGUAGUCAGCCAGUGAAUGAUGGCAUGUGGCAACAAGUGACGCUUUCCAUGACAAACCCACUAGCCCAGGUGUCCAGGUGGCGGAUGGAAGUGGACCACCAAUCACCUGUGAGAAGUGCAGUUGCCACUGGGAGUCUCAACUUCUUGAGGGAAAAUACAGACAUUCAUGUUGGUGAUCCAGUUAUGGACAACGCGAAGGGCCUGAAAGGAUGCCUAAGCACAAUUGAAAUUGGAGGCAUUUAUCUCUCUUACUUUGAAAACGUGCAGGGUUUCACUCAUAAGCCCCAGAAGGAGCAGUUUCUCAAAGUCUCCAGAAACCCAGUGGUUACAGGAUGUUUACAGUUGAAUGCCUGCAUCCCCAACCCCUGUUUGCAUGGAGGAAACUGUGAAGAUAUCUACAGCUCUUAUCACUGCUACUGUCCCUUGGGAUGGUCAGGGGCACACUGCGAGCUCAACAUUGAUGAAUGCUUGUCCGAUCCCUGUGUCCAUGGUAACUGCUUUGAUGGACUUGCAGCCUACCACUGCAGGUGUAAGUCUGGAUACACUGGUGUGAACUGCGAAGUUCACAUAGACAAUUGCCAGGGUCAUCAGUGUGCAAACGGAGCCACCUGCAUUAGCAACACCAAGGGCUAUUCUUGCCAUUGUUUGGAAAAUUUUACAGGAAAAUUUUGCAGACACAACAGAUUACCCCUGGCGGUCUGUGGGAAUGGGAAGACAAACCACACUUGCUACAACGGAGGCAACUGCACAGAGCUGCUGGCAGGGUUAAAAUGUACUUGCCGGCCUGGUUUUACUGGAGAAUGGUGUGAAAAGGACAUUGAUGAGUGCGCCUCUAACCCGUGCUUCAAUGGAGGGCUGUGCAGGGACCUACCCAACAGAUUCCAGUGCCUCUGCGAUGUGGCCUAUGCCGGCGAGCGCUGUGAGCUGGACCUGGCAGACGGCUUGGUCUCGGACAUGUUCCCCGCCACUGGCUCAGUGAUUUUAGCCCUGUUACUGAUCCUCCUGCUGGCUGCGGUUGCUUCAGUCAUUGCUUCCAGCAAAAGGGCAACUCAGGGCACCUACAGCCCAAGCCAUCAGGAAAAGGAAGGCGCCCGAGUGGAGAUGUGGAGCAUGACCCCGCCUCCUGCACUUGAACGGCUGAUUUAG